UGGUUCGCUUCAACUGAAAUAGUUGUUAAAUUUUUUUCACGCAAUUCAGAACGUUAUAUAUAAUUAUAAAACAUUGUCUCAAUAUCGUUGACAUUUCAAAUUGUUACGAAAACUUUUGUCGUGAACUCGUGUAGCAGAUAAUUUUCCUUUUGUGGAAACUCUUGACGAUGACUAGGAAACUAAGCUGUGUUAUCUUCUUUAUCAUGGUUUUACUGCAGACGGCUCGAGCAAAUGACGACUCAAGUUCCAAUGGACAAACACUUUUACAUUGGACUGAAACAAAAUACGACUCAAUAUUGGAACCUGUUAUCAGCAGCGAUUGUGAAUAUUAUGAAAUUUGCAACAAAGUGCAAAACUACCCCAUGGAACUUGUAACUUCAAAACUUGAAGAGCUAAAAACGAAGAACAUCACAAAGUUUACGAUUGAAAAUUUGAAUGCGGAAAAUGUUGAUUACGAAAACUUAUGCUCAUUCAAAGACGAGGUUUAUUAUCCGCAAGCAGCAAAAGACUCGAGUGGAAAAUGGCAUUUCAUACUGAACGGACAUUCGCAGGCAUUCCAAGGAUUUGUAGUAAAGAGAUGCAAGUAAAAAAAACUGUCCCACUGGGCCAUUCCAUACAGACUAUACACUCAAGUGCGUCCAAAUGCAUUAUAACCGAAAAAUGGUUUUCAUAGACAUAGAAAAAAGAAGGUUAGCGGUUAAAAAAUUUAAAAUACCAAGAUGUUGUUCCUGUACAUUAAUUAACUAAAAUAAAUGUACGCCGAAGAAAAAUACGAAAAUAGAUUGAGGCUGAGUAGAGAUAUACCGAGCCUAUUGCAGAGCCUCAGAAAGAUUUAAAACCUCUUUUUUGCGAAACUACUUUAAUCGUUAUUAAUUUCAUUUAUUGACUGAUUGUUUUUAUAUAAACGAAAUAGAUAGGCCAGUGUUCCAAUUAUUUAUUUUGAUGCUUUUAUUUCUAGAAAAUACAAGGGUAACCUUUUUAUAAUGUGUGGUAAAAAAUGUAUGAAUUUAAAUUGUAAGCUUCGUAGUUAAUAUGAUUGAAUAUAUAUUAUAAUGUGCAUUUGAAUGAGCCUGUGCACUUACAUAAUACUAAAAAUUAAAAAAAAAAGAUAUUUGUAGAGGGAC